AAUAUGGACUCUUUGAAGCUUUACUUUCUGUUAAUAUGCGUUUCUGCAAUUUACGGUGUAAGUGAAACUAAGGACGAUCCCCGCUGGAGCAAAUUACCAGAAGAGUGCGGCAAGACGAGGUACAACAAAAAGUCAUCUCGAAUCAUUGGUGGGAGCGCAGCCAAGCUCGGUCAGUUUCCGUGGAUAGCAAGGCUGGGCAUUCACUCACAUCCAAUGAGACCCAUAUCAUUUUUCUGUGGUGGUACCAUAAUUUCUAGGUAUUACGUCAUAUCCGCUGCACACUGUGAGGAGAAAACUACCCUGGUAAGAGUGGGAGAGAACAUCGUAUCCUCUGUUAUAGACUGCGAUAACUCGAGGGUCUGUAGUCCUCCUCAUCAGGACAUUCUGGUAAAAAGGCACAUAUUUGCGGACUUCUGUGCGACAACAUUUUACAAUGAUCUGUCUAUAAUAGAACUGGAGAGACCUAUUCAAUUUAAUGAGUUUGUCCAACCAGCUUGUCUUCCUCGCCAUACCGUAACUCUCGAUCAACUCCUUAACCAGCCUGUACAAAUAUCAGGAUGGGGUACGAUGUCUUCCAUAAGAGAGAUGCUUCCGGACAACUUGAUGUACAUCAAUAAUGCUGUGAUCGAGCGCGAUGAAUGUAACGUUGUGUCUAGAACUGAAGUGCUGGAAUCCCAAAUCUGCGCGGGAGUUCGUGGUUUAGUAAGAGGAAAUGGCAGUUGCUUUGGAGACUCUGGGGGGCCGUUAACAAAGUAUUUGCCAUUGAAAGGAGAGGAUCGGGGACACUUAAUAGGAGUUGUCUCGAACGGAUAUGCGAUAUGUGAAUUUGGCCCUACACUUUACACCAAUGUUUCACACUACAUGGACUGGAUUUUGGAUAAUAUUAAAUAUAAGUAA